UUACAAGGACUAGUCAUGAAGUCAAAGAAGUUUGCAAUUUUAGUGUCUUUACUUUGGUUCAUUGGAUAUUUUUCUGCACCAUCCGAAUCUCAGGCUAUUGUGAACAAAUUCAAUGCAGCCAACACAUCAAAUAUUCGAGAUGAAAACUUUGGAUUCGCUCGUUUUAUUAAAAUGCCAAACAAAUAUUUGGACGUAAAACCCUUCAAAGUUGUUCUUGGCCAAAAAUACAAAGCGUGUCUAGUAGACUGUGCAGCAGAUCGGAAAUGCGUCUCUUUAAAUUCUGGCAACAAUCCAAAUUCAAGUGGACUGCAGUUGUGCGAAUUGCUGGAUACAAACAUUUUGAACAAUUCUCAACUUCUCAAAAAUAAGGACAACUUCCUUCACUUUAUACUCAAGACGGCAUGUUUUCCCAACCCUUGCAAGAACCAAGGUGUUUGUAUUCCAAACUACACCAUCAGCGAUUACACCUGUAACUGCCGACGAGGUUUUGAUGGGAGAAACUGCGAAAAAGAGUAUCAUUCUCUUGGGAUGGAAGAUGGAAGGAUUCCUGAUUCCCAAAUCACUGCUUCUUCACAUUAUUCCAUUUAUCUAUUACCGAAGUACGGAAGGCUGAAUAGUGAUCUUGAGGGCGGCUCAUGGACUGCCAAACGAUUAGGAAUUGGUGAAUAUUUGGAGGUCGAUAUCGGCACUAACACAACCAUUUGCAAAAUCGCUACGCAGGGAAGGCAAAACACAAAACAGUGGGUAACUGCAUAUUCCAUCCAUUAUAGCAGUGAUCAAAGUACCUGGACAACUUACAGCGCAAAUGAGAAUGGAGUCGAAAAGGUAUUCCAAGCAAACAAUGACGAGAACACAGUCGUAUGUAAUAUUUUACGACCUCCUUUCUCGGCCAGAUACGUUCGAGUUGUUGUGAAAUCUUGGCGUGAACAUAUAUCCAUGAGAAUUGAACUGUACAGUUGUGAUUAAUCACUGAUCUCAUCUUUCCCUUAUAAAAAAGUUUAUUUGUUCCUACUCAACCAGAUGCAACCCUUUGCUAGGCUAGA